CCGCUUUUAGUGUCACACGCGAUUUGCCGGAAGCCCGAUGCCGGCUUGCCGCUUGUUCGCCGCGAAAGCGACUCAGUUGGCAAAAUGGCGACGAGUAUAAGUGGUGUGUUUCGCGAGGAAUUGCGCGAUGCAGUUUUACAUAGUAAAGUGCUCGUCGUCGGCGCCGGCGGUAUUGGUUGCGAAAUCCUGAAGAGCCUGGUUAUGUCCGGGUUUGCCGACAUUGAAAUUAUUGAUUUGGACACUAUUGAUGUGAGCAACUUAAACAGACAGUUUCUAUUCCAAAAGAAACAUGUGGGAAAAUCAAAAGCCAGCAUAGCGUGUGAAACGGCAUUGACAUUUAAUCCAGAUGUCAAAGUGAUAUACUACCAUGAUAGUAUUACGUCAUCAGAAUUUGGCUUGACUUUCUUCAAGAGGUUCACAGUAGUUUUAAACGCUCUUGAUAAUAGAGCAGCCAGAAAUCAUGUGAACCGUAUGUGUUUAGCAGCUGAUGUACCACUAAUCGAAUCUGGCACUGCGGGCUAUGAGGGCCAAGUCGAACUCAUCAAGAAAGGUCUGAGUCAGUGCUAUGAGUGUACACCGAAAGCCGCGCAAAAGACUUAUCCCGGUUGUACCAUCCGCAACACGCCCAGUGAACCCAUUCACUGUAUUGUGUGGGCUAAACAUCUCUUCAAUCAAUUAUUUGGUGAAGAGGAUCCUGAUCAGGAUGUUUCUCCGGAUACUGCAGAUCCUGAAGCGGCUGAUACAGCGGGAGAAGAGGCCUUGCAAGCGGAAUCCAAUGAUAAAGGCAAUAUUGAUAGGGUUUCCACACGAGCUUGGGCCCAGUCCUGCGAAUACGACCCAGAAAAACUAUUCACUAAACUCUUCCAUGAUGACAUUAAAUAUUUGCUGAGUAUGGACAAUUUGUGGAAGAAGCGCCGACCUCCAACGCCAUUGAAUUGGCGAGAACUGCCAGACGGAGUGGCUGGAUGCAGCAAAGAGCUCAGCGGGUUAAAGGACCAGCAACGUUGGAGCAUCUCCAAAUGCGGCUCGAUAUUUGCGGAAUCGAUAAAGAACUUGAGUCAGAUGUUAAAGUCUUCUCAAGAGAAAGUGCCGGACAAUCAUUUGGUUUGGGACAAGGACGACCAACAUGCCAUGGAUUUCGUCGCCGCAUGCGCCAACAUUCGCGCGCACAUUUUUGGAAUUCCUCAGAAGAGCAGAUUUGAUGUUAAAUCAAUGGCUGGCAACAUAAUUCCGGCGAUUGCCACCACCAAUGCUAUCAUCGCGGGUAUGGUGGUACUCCAUGCGUUCCGGGUUCUUGAGAACAAUCUGCAAGCCUGCCGAUCCGUCUAUCUGCGCUUGAAAAUGAAUCAUCGUAAUCAACUGCUGGUUCCAGAAAAGGCGGUGAAUCCUCCUAAUCCGCAGUGCUACGUCUGCGCGCCUACUCCACAAGCAGUAUUAGCGGUUGACACUUCUAGCAUGACUAUUAAAGAACUGGAGGAGCUAGUACUUAAGAAUAGACUCAACAUGAUCGCCCCCGACGUCAUGAUCGACGGAACCGGCGCCGUCGUCAUUAGCAGCGAGGAGGGCGAAACGGAGAGCAAUAAUGACAAGAAGUUGGAGGAGCUGGGGAUCAAGGACGGAGCGAUUCUCAAGGUCGAUGACUUCCAGCAGAAUUAUUCACUAACUGUCUUCGUAGUUUAUCGACAGAAACCUGGCCCGAAGGACGAUAGCCCGCAAUUUUUAAUACUGGCGGACAAGAACGCGCUUCAACCGAAGGAGAAAGAGGAGGAAGAGAAAACGGAAAAGUCUUCCAGUUCUAAUGGACAGAAUGUAACCGAAACGUUGGAGGCAGCAAGAAAGCGCAAAAAUGAUGAUGAAUUUGAGGCGACAGUUAAGAAACGUAAGCUGGAUAUCGAUAAUGGCGAUGAUAGUGAUGACAUUUGCAUUAUCAAUAACGACGAUGAAUCCCAUGAUAAUUCAGCCGAAUUGAAGAAAUCAACGUCGAGAAAACGAAAGCUUUCUGAUGACGGUGAUUGUUUGAUAGUGUCUGAUGACGAUAACGAUUAAUUGCGAAAGUAAGGAAAGAACUUCGAAAUGAAGACGAACAUGGUUUACGAUGGAAAACAAAGGGAUUCAAAAACAUUUGAAAUUCAAAUCGAAAUGAGAAAAGUAAUAAAGGGAUCCAAAAAUGCUAAAGAAAUAUUUUGAACAGAAGAGACAGAAAUACAAACGUAAAGAAUAAGAGGAACUUUGUGUGAGAUUUAGUUUAUUUUGAAAGUUGCAUGAUGUAUAUGCAAAAAAGUGUAAGUUUUUUUUUUGUUAAUGAUUGUGUUUUGUACCCUUAAUUUUAUUUUGUAUAUUAAUGAAUAUACGUUGUAACGUAUCAUCAGUCUGUCAUUACUACGCCAUUCUUGUAAUCAUUAGGAAAGAUAAAUAGAUAGCUUUUUUA